AUGCUCUAAUUUGAAUAGUUGUAUAAGGUUUUGAUCUUAUCCAAAGAGGUUGAUGAAAUAGUCCUCCGUAUCCUCAUUGAGACAUUAAAAAAAGAGAGAAUUUAAGACUGCCUAGAAUUUCUCUCACAAGAUCAAAAUAAAUUCCUUUUAGAAGUAGAAAGAUAAAAGGUCAAAAUUUUAUCUCUUCUUGAUAAAGAAUAGACUCUCAAUUGUGAGAAUAACAAUAAGAGAAUAAUGUAUAUUCUCAAAAAGAUUAGGGAUCAUGAAUUUAAUAAACUGAAUUACUCAAUUGAAGAUUAUGAAGAAGGUAAAAAGGAACUGAUCAUAAAAAUAUCAUGGGAUAAGAAAAUCAUAGAAUUUCUCAAAUUUUUAGUUCAACUAACUGCUUUAGAUGAGAGAUACAUUAAGUGUGGAUCAAAUUCUCUUCAUUUGCUAGUUUAGAUGAAGGUUGAUUUGAGAGAAUAAAGUUUUGAGAAUAUCAGGAUUGGAGAUACCUCUUUAGUUGGUGGAAAUUUUGUACGAUGCAAUUUCAAUGAAUCCGAAUUUGAUAAAGUGGAUAUAAGUGGAAUGAACUUGAAUUAAGCCUUAUUGUUUAAUUGCAAAUGGAAAAAUAUCAAAAUACAUGAGUUAAAUCAAUUAUAUGGUCAUUCUAGCGCAGUAAGGUCUGUUAAUUUCUCUCCUGAUGGUAAAUCAUUAGCUUCUUGUAGUGAUGAUAAUUCGAUUAUAUUGUGGGGUGUUAAAACAGGAAAAAUUAUGUCUAGAAUUAAACAAAAGGAAGAAGUAAAAUCAGUAUGCUUCUCACCUAAUAAUAGCACAUUAGCUUUCUGUAGUGGAGAAUUUAUGUAUUUAUGGAAUCUUAAAACAGGAAAAUAAAAAUCCAAAUUAGAUGGUCAUUCUGAAAUAAUUUUAUCAAUUUGUUACUCGCCUGAUGGUACUACAUUAGCAUCAGGUAGUGGAGAUAAGUCUAUCCGAUUAUGGGAUGUUAAGACAGGAUAAUAAUAAGCCAAAUUAGAUGGCCAUUCAUAUGCAGUUUAUUCAAUUUGUUACUCUCCUGAUGGUACUACAUUAGCAUCUGGUAGUGUUGAUAAGUCUAUCCGUUUAUGGGAUGUUAAGACAGGAUAAUAAAAAGC